GACAACAAACAGAGGAGAGAGUGUACUGUACAGACAAAAUGGCUUCUAAACUGGAAGAGGAUUUCUGCUGCCCUGUGUGCUGUGACAUCUACAAGGAUCCUGUCAUUUUGACCUGCUCUCACAGUGUGUGCAAAGCCUGUCUGCAGCAGUUCUGGGAGAGUAAAGGACACAGAGAAUGUCCCUACUGCAGGAGGAAGUGCUCUAAACAUAUCUAUCAACCUAACUUGGCUCUAAGGAACUUGUGUGAGACGUUCUUACAAGAGAGAAGUCAGAGAUCUUCAGCAGGGCUUGAAGUGUUAUGCAGUUUGCACAGUGAGAAACUCAAGCUCUUCUGUCUGGAGGAUAAACAGCCUGUGUGUUUGGUGUGUCAGGCAUCAAAGAAACAUAAAAAUCACACUUUUAGUCCCAUAGAUGAAGCAACACAAGACCAUAAGGAGGAGCUGAAGAUACAACUGCAGCCCUUACAGAAGAAAUUGGAGACCUUUGAAGAAGUUAAACUCAUCUGUGACCAAACAGCAGCACAUAUUAAGACUCAGGCUCAACAGACAGAGAGGCAGAUCAAGGAGGAGUUGGAGAAGCUUCACCAGUUUCUACGAGUUGAAGAGGCAACCAGGAUAGCUGCACUGAGGAAGGAAGAGGAGCAGAAGAGUCAGAUGAUGAAGGAGAAGAUUGAGAAGAUGAGCAGAGAGAUCUCAUGUCUUUCAGACACCAUCAGAGCCAUAGAGAAGGAGAUGGGAGCUGAUGACAUCACAUUCCUGCAGAACUUCAAGAGCACAGUGAAAAGGUUGCAGCAACCACAAACACUUAUAGAAGUGAACCCUUACAACAUUCUCGACAGCCGCUUCCAUACGGAGCCGGAGGAGUUGGUGUAUGCCGAAGUGUCCAUACGGAAACGACAGACGACAGUGUUGGAUCAGAGGAAGAGGCAGGAGGAGACGGUGGAGUACGGGGAGGUGAACGUCCAGAGAGGUCACACACCUGUGGACCCUGAGUAG